AUGCAUUUAAGGAUACACACUGGAGAAAAGCCUUACCAGUGUGAAAUUUGUUUCAAGCAAUUUAAACACUUAAAUUUAAAAACGCAUUUAAGGCUACCCACUGGAGAAAAGCCUUAUAAGUGUGAAAUUUGUUUCAAGCAAUUUAGUCAACAGGGGAGUUUGAAAAUUCAUUUAAGGACGCACACUGAAGAAAAGCCUUACGACUGUGGAAUUUGUUCUAAGCAUUUUAAAAACGUUGGAAUUUUAAAAACGCAUUUAAGGCUACACACUGGAGAAAAGCCUUAUAGGUGUGAAAUUUGUUCUAAGCAAUUUAGUCUACAGGGACAUUUUAAAAGUCAUUUAAGGACGCACACUGAAGAAAAGCCUUACCAGUGUGAAAUUUGUUUCAAGCAAUUUAAACACUUAAAUUUAAAAACGCAUUUAAGACUACACACUGGAGAAAAGCCUUAUAAGUGUGAAAUUUGCUUCAAGCAAUUUAGGCAAGAGGGGAAUUUGAAAACCCAUUUAAGGACGCACACUGAAGAAAAGCCUUACCAGUGUGAAAUUUGUUCUAAGCAAUUUAAAAACGUUAGAAGUAUAAAAACUCAUUUAAUGCUACACACUGGAGAAAAGCCUUAUAAGUGUAAAAUAUGUUCUAAGCAAUUUAGUCUAGAGGGAAAUUUGAAAAUUCAUUUAAGGACGCACACUGGAGAAAAGCCUUAUAAGUGCGAAAUUUGUUUCAAGCAAUUUAGUCAAGAUGGCCAUUUAAAAAGCCAUUUAAGGAUACACACUGAAGAAAAGCCUUAUAAGUGUGAAAUUUGUUCUAAGCAAUUUAGUCAGGAUGACUAUUUGAAAAAGCAUUUAAGGAUACACACUGAAGAAAAGCCUUACGAGUGUGAAAUUUGUUCUAAGCAAUUUAAACACCUUAGAAAUUUAAAAACCCAUUUAAUGAUACACACUGGAGAAAAGCCUUAUAAGUGUAAAAUAUGUUCUAAGCAAUUUAGCAUAGAGGGAAAUUUGAAAAUUCAUUUAAGGACGCACACUGGAGAAAAGCCUUAUAAGUGCGAAAUUUGCUCCAAGCAAUUUAGUCAAGAUGGACAUUUAAAAACGCAUUUAAGGAUACACACUGGUGAAAAGCCUUACAGAUGCGAAAUUUGUUCUAAGCAAUUUAGUGAAAAUGGCCAUUUGAAAAGGCAUUUAAGGAUACACACUAGUGAAAAGCCUUAUCCGAAAUUUGUCCUAAGCAAUUUAGUGAAGCAGGAAGUUUAAA